AUGACGACGAUGUCUUGGUUGGAUCCCCAGACGCGUCAGGCUCGCCUGCUCACCAAGAAACAUCUUCAAGAGAUGCAUCGCACAGUUCAUGGCAUGGAUCAGAACAAAGUCGACAUGUAUCGAUGGCAUGGCUGCGACCUGAUCGAUCGCAUGAGUGAAGGGCUCAACAUGUUCCGCCCUGCUCGUGCCUGUGCAUGCGUUCUGUUCAACCGCUUCUAUGCUCGAAAUGGCUUCAAUGCAACAAAACCUGCCUCAUGGGACGAUGCAGAUUGGUACGGAUUCCUUCCUGCUCGAUUCAAGAACCUCGACUGGAGGUUUGUCGCUAUUUCUUGCUUGUUCCUUGCAGGAAAGAUUGAAGACAAUCCCAAGAAGAUCGCAGCUGUAAUCAAAUGUCUUCGUGAAGAUAGGAAUGCUACAGCCGACCUCCUAGAGAACUCGAACGACUUGAUGUUGAGAGACACAAUACUUGCAUACGAGCGACUUGUGUUGCAAAUGAUUGAGUUCGACAUGAUUGUUGAGGCACCAGUUGCUUACAAUCAAGUUGCUUAUUGUGUGCGAUUGUUUUGUGGCACAGAGCUCCCAAAGCAGUCUCAAGAAGAAGAUUCAGUGUUCGAGUUGUCUGAACAUGGAGAGGAGAUUCUGGACAUAGCUGUUCGCUUCGUUCACAACAGCUUGUAUACCACCUUGUGGCUGGAGUAUGACGCGCCGACCAUUGCGAUUGGUGACCUCUAUUUUGUCGAUUGUGCGUGGUUUGGCUGA